AAGGAAGGGACGGGGGGGUGUCGCAGCCCCGAUCGCGCGCUUUGUUCCGGCGCGUCCGCCUUUAUUCCCCGCCAUUAAAAAAACGCGCAAAGCUUUGCCCCACUAGCUAAGCAAAUUCGGCGUGAUCCUGCGCCAAGCCCGGCUCGGGGUAUAUAUUGCCCGCCUCCCCUGCCAGGCCUUCCCUACGACACCAGCGGCAGCUGCAAGACACAGAGGCGCAGGGAGAUCGAUCAGCGUUAAGGAGAAGAAGAGUGGUUCAGUGGUUGCUGAUUCUAGCUUGGUGGCCAUGGCAAUGGCGCAGCAAGCGAGCUUGUCCUGCUCGACUGCUACAUGGAGAGAGCUCACCAACACGAGCUGGAGGGACGACGACUACAGGCGCAUGGUGAUGGCGUACCUGAUCGAGGCGGUGUACCUGCUGGAGCUGGAGCGGCAGGAGCGCCGGGACGCGGCGGCGGUGGCGCAGCAGUGGUGGAAGCCGUUCCAGUACCGCCUGGCGCACGAGCUGGUGGACGAGCGCGACGGCUCCGUGUUCGGGGCCAUCUUCGAGCGGGACCCCCACGUCGACGCCGCCGGCCGGCCGAGCCCCAGCGGCGCCCCGAGCGCCGUCGUCGCGUUCCGGGGCACGCUGCUGCGCGUGCCCACCAUCCGCCGCGACGUCGAGGACGAGCUCCGCCUCCUGGCCCGGAACAGCCUCCGCGGCUCCGCGCGCCUCUCCCGCGCCCUGCAGGCGCUCAGGGCCACCAUCGACAGGUUCGGCUCCGAGAACGUGUGCGUCUGCGGCCACUCCCUGGGCGCCGGCUUCGCGCGCCAGGUCGGCCGGAUGCUCAUGGCCUCGUCGCCGCGGCACCCGCGCCAGCAGCCGCAGCAGCAGCAGGCCGCCGCCGCGUCGCUCGAGUUCCACCUCUUCAACGCGCCCUACCUGUCCCUGCCCAAGGGCGUCCGGAGCGUGGUCAAGACGGCCGACUGCCUGCUCAAGGCGCUCCGGUCCGGCGCCGCCACCGUCGGCAGGUGGCACGGCAAGGCGCUCCGGAACGUGGCUUACGCCAACUGCAUCCUCGGGUACACCAGGCUCGAGAGCAGCAGGAAGUUGUGAGGAUCGGAUGCGUCGCCCCGAUGCUGACCUGACCCGUUGCACGAACCCAAACUGUACCUAUCCGAGCCCCCGUGUGUGUGUGAAUCAGCUCAUCACCUUGUAGAAAUUCAAUUUCUAGGAGAGGAAUAAGCAUCUGUCCGGAGAGGGAUGCAAGGCUCUGCACGCGUGCUUUGCUUUGUACGGCGCAAGAAAAACUUGACAGUAUGAAUUGUGAAUUACUAUCAUAGUAGCAGAUAGAGCCUACCGUCUGUAACCGGAAGGUCCCGGGUUUGAGCCCCAGCCUCUGCACAUUUGUGUGGGUAAGGCUUGGAGCUUAAAAACAACUCUUCCCCAGAUCCCGCACAGUGCGGGAAGCCUACGGCACUGGGUACACUUUUUUUUUAUCAUAGUAGCAGAUACAUUUCUUUUUCUUCA